CUCUCUCUCUCUCUCUCUCUCUGUUCGAGCAACGGAACCCCGAGAGACAGACCGAGACUAGGGACUAGGGAGAGAGUGGGACACAUUCCCCCUCGGUUUCAUAUGCCGUCUCGCUGUAUCAGCACCGGAACCGCGUGAAGAUUGAUCGACAAUCCAUCGGCAUCGGAACUUCGUGAAGAUCGAAUCCGUCUUGCCGGAGGACGCUGUUUCCAUUCGCAAAAUCUCAGAUCCAAUCGAAUCCUCUCCCCUGAUCUUCUCGAUAUGUUUUUUUGUUUUCCUAGAAAUCUUUUUCGCUUCAUAAUUCCUGUCUAUCGUGUGUUUGAGUUGUUCUUUUAGAAUUUUAUUUUUUCUAGAUCUAAGUGUUAGAAGCUAAUUUAGGGUUCGUCGCUAGAUCUACCUCUAUUUCUGGCGUUCCAGGUGAUAUCGAAAAGCUGAAUCUUGGACUGUUGUGGAAGCCGAUCCAAGGUCCGGUGAUGGAGUUGGAUCUUGGAGAAGGUUACAGCAAAAAGUUCGAAUUUUUAUACGGGUUUACUAGUCUAAUUUCCUAUUCCAGCUUCGGCCAUGGUUUAUGCCGCUCAGUUGCCACGAAAACACUCCAAUCUGGGUUUUCCAUACUGAUAUGAAGCUAGAACAAUUUUCAUGGUUAUUAUUUUUUUCUUUCUUCGGUUAGUCUUUGGCUGCUAGAUGAAGGCAGUUAGGGCUUAGAAAGAGAGACCCUGAUCGAGGAAUUGGAUGGAGGAUAUCUCGAAGUAUGCUCACAGCCCGGUCCACCUCGCUGUGGCGCGGCGAGACCACGUGGCUCUCCGGCGGAUCGUGGCGGCCCUCUCCCGCCUCCCGAAGGCCGGGGACGUCACCACCGAGGAGGAGUCCCUCCUCGCCGAGAUCACCGCCGACGCCGUCUCCGCCAUCAUCGACCGCCGCGACGUCCCCCACCGCGAGACCCCCCUCCACCUCGCCGUCCGGCUUGGCGAUCCGAUCUCGGCGGAGAUCCUCAUGUCGACCGGCGCCGACUGGUCCCUCCAGAACGAACACGGCUGGUCCGCCCUCCAGGAGGCCGUGUGCACCCGGGAGGACACCAUCGCCAUGAUCAUAGCUCGCCACUACCAGCCCCUGGCGUGGGCCAAGUGGUGCCGCCGCCUCCCUCGCAUCGUCUCGUCCAUCGCCCGGAUCAGGGACUUCUACAUGGAGAUCUCCUUCCACUUCGAGAGCUCGGUGAUCCCUUUCAUCGGCCGGAUUGCGCCGUCCGACACCUACCGGAUAUGGAAGCGGGGGCCGAACCUCAGGGCCGACAUGACCCUCGCCGGCUUCGAUGGGUUCCGGAUCCAGCGCUCAGACCAGACGUUCCUUUUCCUUGGCGAGGGCGUGACGUCAGAGGACGGGAGCCCGUCGUUGCCCCCUGGGUCGUUGAUCGUGCUUGCCCAUAAGGAGAAAGAGAUCACCAAUGCCCUCGAAGGAGCUGGUGCCAAGCCCACGGAGGCGGAGGUGGCUCACGAGGUAGCCUUGAUGUCGCAAACUAACAUGUACCGGCCGGGGAUUGACGUCACUCAGGCGGAGCUAGUCUCGCACUUGAACUGGCGGCGUCAGGAGAGGACGGAGAUGGUCGGAAAUUGGAAGGCCAAGGUCUAUGACAUGCUUCAUGUGAUGGUGAGCGUGAAGUCGAGGAGGGUCCCUGGAGCAAUGACUGAUGAGGAGUUAUUUACAAUGGACAACGAUGAAAGGACGGCAAAUGGCGGAGAGCUUGAAGGGGAAUUGGAUGAUGUCCUGACGGCUGAGGAGAGAAUGCAACUAGAUUCAGCUCUUCGGAUGGGUAACUCAGAGGGUUUUGAUGAGUAUGAUGGGAACGGUGGGGGAUUGGACAAUGUUGAGAAUUCUGAAUCCAAUGGUGUUACCGAGGACAGAAAGAGCUGGUUCGGUUGGGGCAAUAAAAGAGCUUCCAAGAGCAGUGGAGGUGGGGACAUGGAGGACCCAAACAACCAAAAGAAGUUGUCAAAGUUGGCCCUGGAGAAUGGAAAUCAGAAAACAGAGCUCACAAAGGAGGAGUCUGGAGAUACUAAGAAGGGGAAGGAGAAAGGCAGAAAGAAGAGGAGUGAAUCCACGGGCGACUUUAAUAGGCACGAGAGUGAGUACAAGAAGGGGUUGAGGCCGGUUUUGUGGUUAACACCAGACUUUCCUUUGAAAACUGAUGAGCUUCUUCCCUUGCUUGAUGUCUUAGCAAACAAGGUCAAGGCCGUUAGGAGGCUCAGGGAGCUUUUGACUACUAAGCUGCCUCAGGGCACCUUUCCCGUCAAGGAAAUUACUUUAGGAAAAGUCCUGUGCACCUUAUACUGGUUCAUGAUAGGAGCUCCUGUCUACUCUGAAGGUAGCCAUCCCAAUUGUUCCAACAAUUCGAGUUCUUGUCACAUUCACAAAGUUCGAAGAGCUACAGCCAUCUGAUGAAUUUGCAACCCCACUUUCCAGCCCGACAAAUUUCCAGGAAAGCAAAACCAAAGAAACAGAAUCACCAGGUUCAUGGUAUUCAUGGAUGAGGGGAAGCUGGGGGGGGCAUUCUAGUGUUAGCAGUGAAGGCCGAAGCUGGAAAGAUGACAUUGAUCCUUUCCAUAUACCUACAGACUACACUUGGGUUGAUGCAAAUGAAAAGAAGCGCCGAAUGAAGGCCAAGAAGGUUAAGAAUAAGCGAGGUAGUAGCAAGAAGCAAACAUCCAAAAGUUCAGAUGGCCAGCAGCCGAUGGAUGGUUUUGAGGAGUAAAACAUAGUAUAACACCAUUUAAUUGCGUUUGAAAUCUUAGGGGAAGAAGUGACUAAUACGGGAUCAAUAUGUAUUUGAGAGCUCCAUGUUUAUUUCGAAAUUCAGUGACAAGUUCAUUAUAUCCUUGAUCCUACACCUUUGUAAUUUGAGUUUUUCCUUGUGUAUUUUGAGAGAAAUCAGUUGUCUCUGGUUUGUAUCCUGGUUGAGGGCGUGCCCGAUUGCUCCACGCAUGCAAUAUACUGUCAUCCAAGAAAAGAAAAAGAAAGAGAAAUAUGUAAUGGUUAGUGGAGAGCAUAUGUCCGAUUCAUGUGAUGUAUUUUUCUUCUUUAAUGGGCACCAAUUCAUUCAGCUU